UCUUGGCUCAAGUAACACAUCUUGGCUCUCGACGCUUGCUGCAGCUUUGAUCUUCGGGUCCGCUUUCAACGCGUGCGGAAUUGCCAUAAUGCCGGAAAGUUGUAAGAAAAGUGGAUUGGUGGCAGCAGGGAGUUCACCCGACAAGAAAAACACAAAGGUUACAUUUUGAGCCUCGAGCAAAAAUAGACACGACAAGUUCGAUAAGUUUGACCAGAUGUUCGACAUGUUGACGAGCAUGAAGGAUAACAUGAAAGCUACAAAGGAAAUGACACAAAUCGCAAGCGAUACAACCGGCACAACUUUGGCAACAGUCAAAAACAUGAAGAUCACAAUCGAGGAGUUACGCAAAAAAGAUGCAGCCUUUGAGACAGAAGUGGAAAACAUGACGACAACGAUGAAGCAGUUCAAACCAAAUGCAGCAACCUACAAUUCCAGUGAGGCCGGUGGUGACCCGGAGGUUCGUGAGUUGCAGGCCAUCGCCAAAGGUUUGGGAAAGGAGGUGGAUCAAGACGUCAUCAUCGAACUGUUGCAGGCGAUUGUGAAACAGGUUGGACUUGAACAAACAUGUACCGAUGUGACCACAUUCGCAUAUCCAUCAGCGGUAGGAGUCCUUCAAUUCAAAUCCAUUGCUUCGAAAAUAGGGUUUUUGAAGAACGCCCGCAGCAUGAAGGAGAAGUGGUACAACGACAAGCCCAUCAUUUUCAAGUGCAACGACAGCAUCGAAAAACGAGCGGUGGACAGAGAGCUUGGACAUAUCAAGUACAGGCUGAUUGAAGACAAAGACAUUGCGAGACAUUUGAUUACAAUCGAGUGGGCGAGCCAGGUGG